AUGGAACGCAAUUCACAUCUCGUAUAUUUGAAUGACAUUGGUGUGCAUCAACAGUUUACUGCCCCAUACACUCCACAGGAAAAUCCUACAGAGAGGGCAAACCGCACCAUUAAAACUAUCAUAGCUCAGUUUUCGGGUCAACAACAUACCACAUGGGACGAACUCUUACCAGAAAUAAUACUUGCGAUUAAUACCAGCAGUUCCGAAUCUACGGGUUACUCACCGGCAUAUCUAACGCAGGUUAGAGAACCGCGGCUGCCGAAGGCUCUAUAUGAUGAGGUAACUAUAGGAACAGGAGCUCGAAAUAUAACCCCCGAUGAAAGAGCCACCGAGCUAAAAGAAGUGUUCAGAAUUGUAAGACGAAAUCUAGCGAAGGCUUCAGAAAACCAAUAUAAUCUACGUCGUCGUCGGUGGAAACCAAAUAUUGGGGACCAAGUCCUGGUGAGGCAGCAUCCACUGUCAAAAGCAAUUGAUUAUUUUGCUGCCAAAUUAGCACCGAAGUAUGGGGGACCUUAUGUCGUUAAGGGAUUUUUGAACCCCGUUAUUGUGGAAAUUGUCGGAAUUCAAAAUAAAGACAUGCGCAAAGCGCACAUUAGUGAACUAAAACCUUACUAUCAAUAA